GCGAGGACGACGCGGGGUUAACCAUGUAGCCGCUUCGCAAACCGCGGAGUCGGAAGAAAAUAGCCCGUCGGAGCUGGAAGAGGAGCUGAAUCAGUUAUCAUUGAACAGUUACAGACCGACAUGAGGAGUUGUUCAGCGCGGGGUUGGGACGGUUCACAGGCGGGCGCGCCACGCUGCGGCUGCGCGCCGGCGCCGCGCCCGUGUUCUGUCGCGCGCGGCGCCUGCCCUACGCGCUCCGCGGCCCCGUGGACGCGGAGCUGGACGCCAUGCUGCGCGAGGGCAUCAUCGAACCCGUCGACACUUCGGACUGGGCGACGCCGCUCGUACCGGUGCGUAAGGCGGACGGAGGACUCCGGAUUUGUGCUGACUACAAGGUAACUUUAAACCCUGUCUUACUGGUCGAUAGAUAUCCUUUGCCGAAGAUCGACGAUUUACUGGUCAAUCUAAAUGGGGCUCAGAUUUUUUCUAAAAUAGAUUUGUCGCAAGCAUACAACCAAAUAGAAUUAGAUGACUCGAAGGCACUCACCGUUAUCAACACCCAUCGGGGUCUGUUUAAAUAUAAUAGGUUAGUUUUCGGUUUAGCGUCGAGUCCAGGGAUAUUUCAGCGCAUUAUGUCGACGUUACUGAAAGGUAUACCGGGAGUGGAAAUAUUUUUAGAUGAUAUCAUCAUCGGAACUAAGGGUGACCAAAAACAACAUUUAAAAAUAUUAGAGGAAGUAUUAAACAGAUUGAAAUUAAAUGGCAUGAAGCUUAAAAGAAAUAAAUGCCACUUUAUGCUAAAAGAAGUCAAGUAUCUGGGUUAUAUUAUAUCGAGCGAGGGAGUAAAGGUGGAUGAAGACAAGGUGGCUGCGGUUUUGAAGAUUCCCCGUCCCAGGGAUGUGCCCCAACUACGCUCGUUCCUAGGGUUGAUAAAUUUUUAUGCUAAAUUUGUAAAGAACGUUAGUAGUGUGUUAGCACCCUUAUAUGAAUUGUUAAAAAAGGGCGUGGGUUGGAAGUGGAGCGCGGAAUGUGAACGGGCAUUCGUAAAGAUAAAAGAUAUUUUGACGAGUGCACCGGUGCUAGCUCAUUAUGACACAAAUAAGCCGUUGGUGUUGACGUGCGACGCGAGCGCGGUAGGUAUAGGCGGAGUGCUGACGCAGGCGGCGCCGGACGGUAGCGAGCGAGCGGUCGUGUAUGUUUCGCGCGCGUUAACUUGCAGCGAAAAACAUUAUUCACAGAUUGAUAAAGAAGCGUUAGCGAUAGUUUAUUGUUUAAAAAAAUUACACCAAUACCUUUAUGGUAGACGUUUUACUCUGCGCACCGAUCAUAAGCCAUUGGUGUCCAUUUUUGGGCCUAAAUAUGGUGUACCGGCGAUGGCAGCGAGCCGUUUGCAACGUUGGGCGAUAAUAUUAUCUGCAUAUACGUACGAUAUUGAAUAUGUGAAUACGAGAGAUAACGGAGCCGACGGCCUUUCUCGAUUGGUCGCGCCAGCGGUGAAUGAGGAGUCUUGUGACGUUCCGGAACAGUCUUAUUUACAUUUCGCACAAGAUGCAUUGUUACUCGAUUAUAAUAUGAUUAAAAAUCAGACGAUGCGUGACCCGUUGUUAAGCAGAGUCUUGUGUUAUAUUAGGGACGGUUGGCCUGGGGAGAGUGAAAUAAGAGAGAUGCAGCCUUAUUAUAACCGGAAAAAGGAACUGUAUGAGGAAUUAGGGUGUGUUAUGUGGGGGUACCGCGUAGUCAUUCCGGAGGGUUGUCGGUCUAGGGUGUUAGCGGAACUGCACGAAGCGCACAUGGGCAUCGUAAAAACGAAGGCGAUGGCCCGCAGCUACGUGUGGUGGCCCGGCGUGGACGAGGCGGUGGAGGCGGCGUGCCGCGCGUGCGGCGUGUGCGCGCGCGAGGCGGACGCGCCGCCGCACCACGCCGUAGCGUCGUGGCCAUGGCCCGGCAAACCAUGGACACGCAUCCAUAUCGAUUUUUUAGGACCUCUAUUCAAUAAACUUUAUUUAAUAGUGGUCGAUGCCCACACUAAAUGGAUUGAGGUAUUUCCAGUUCCUAGUACAGCAGCGUGCCAUACUAUCGAUAAAUUGAAAGAAUUAUUUGGGAGAUUUGGGCUGGUUAGGCAGCUGGUGUCCGAUAAUGGGCCGCCUUUUCAGUCCAAAGAAGUGGCGGAUUUCCUAAAAAACCAUGGAAUAGAACAUAUAUUUUCCGCUCCGUACCACCCGGCAUCCAACGGUGCCGCCGAAAAUGCAGUACGAACUAUCAAAAAGGCUAUUAAAAAAGCGGUCGGUCAAAAUAUGAAUGUGAUGUCCUUUGUAAACACUUUCCUUUUACAUUACAGGAAUACAGAACAUUGUACCACGGGAGUUAGUCCCGCAUCGUUAAUGUUAGGUCGAAGGUUAAGAACUAAAUUAGAUAUGAUUAGGCCGGAUAAGGAAAAUAGAGUGAGGGAAAGGCAGGAGAAACAAAAAGAGUCGCGGGGUGGUGUGGAACGCACUUUAGAACCGGGCGAGGAAGUAUGGUUGCGACAAUAUGCGGGCCAGCAAAAAUGGGUUCCAGGAAGAGUAUCGCUAAAGCUAGGCACAACUGAUUAUCGAGUGGUAGACGAUAUCGGCAAAGAAUCUCAUAGACAUAUUGACCAGUUAAGACGUAGGGUGAGCAGCCAAAUACGGAGUUCUUCGGAGCCAUCGCAUACCGUGGACGAGGCGGAGGGCGCCGUCCCCGUCCCAGGUGUGGAGGAGGCGGUGGCCGACACGUCUGCACUCUCGAGACGAGGUUCCUUGGCUGUCACUGGCGAAGCCCAGCCAGUUUCAGAAAACGACAGCGAAGGUCCAAGACUUGCGGUAACAGUCCCACCACCAAUUGAACCUUCUCGGUCUCGUCCUAUACGUCAAUGUCGUUUAAAGAAUAAGCCAUUGUUAAAUACUAGUUAAGUAGGAAUACUUUAGGAAUACUUUCGUAUAGUUAGUAGAUACUAAGUUCGUUUUAUUAGUUAAAGAGGAGUGUAAUUAUUAUAAACAUACUGUAUCAGUUAGCUUAUAAGUUUUCACUAUUAGUUUAGCUUUAAGUUUUCAAUUUUAGAUGGGUAACUAUUGUUUUAUAUAAAGGAUUAGGGUAGAGGUGUGUAGUGUUUAUGUACAUGCUUACCUACAGCACCUACAGUGCGUAACAAACGAUUGUUCCAAAGUACCUACAUCUGUCAUGGAAAUAUAGAAGUCAGUCACGAAACCGCCGUUUU